GGCUGGAUUUCCGAGUGGGUGUGUACGCAGACUGUAGGAAGAGGAGGUCAAAUGCACUGCUAGCUAGAGUUUGAAAAAAACGUGUGGCCGUCCAGCCAGAAAAGAGACAACGUUGACAGGUAGACAGUUGUGUGGAGUUACAGUAACGUUAGACGAUAACAUUUACAGUGCCGUCAUUAGAGUUUCGAGUGCGGCGGUGUUGGGUGCGGUUGUGUGUCGUAGACUACUAGUAAGCAAUUGACAGAUAACGUUAGCUAAUGCUAACGGUAACGUUAGCUACAUGACCCGUGCUCGUAGACAGCUCGCAAACUAACGUUACAACUAGAGUAAAAUUAUCAUCCGUACAAAGGCAAUGCAUGUUGCAUCUCCGCAGACCACCAGGUUUAGCCGCAGAGUUCGUUAGCUAAGGUUAGCUACGGCCUAUUUGUUGACAUUUAUUUUGUCUUUGAGAACUUGCGUCACGGUCACAGCUGUCAUGUUUCACUCUGUGCCCCGUCGCCCGAUCUGCGAGAUCGGUGUAAAUACAAUGAGGCUUCAAAGCAGCGGGUCAUUCAAAAGGACUGUCGAGGAAGGCAAAGGAAAGCGUGAGGGGUUCCCGUUACUGGGCAGGAGCAUGGGACUGCUGUUGUCCUGGCUUCAGAAGGCAGGUGUUGGUGCCUGUGAGGCCGCGGGAUCUGGCCGAAAGAGGAAGGGCUUGCUCUCCAUAUUUGCAGACCACUGCAGCUUUGUGACCGGGCAGAGGCUCCGGCGUGCUUGCCAGAUCGGCGAGCUUUACUCCAACCUGUACUCCGAGCGGACCAGGCGGACCCUGGUCGGUAACAUAUGGCGUAGAUUUCAAAGCAAGCACGCCCCCAAUGGGAAACUUGUCGCGGCCCUGGCUGGUCUCUUCAUGUGGGAGAAUGAGAAGAUUCACGAUGAGGAAAUUCACAGGUGUGGACUUGAACUACAGGCACUGGGGGCUGUCAAAUCUCUAAACACGGCUUCAGGGACAGUGGCUGGGCACCUUGAACUUGGCUGGGAAGUUGUGAUGGAGAAAAAAGGCUUUAGAGUGUGGAAGCGACCUAUACCCAACAGUCACCUCUAUGAAUACAGAGUGUUGGGCUCCUACAACGAUGUCACCCCAAGGCAGUUCUUCAAUGUACAGUUGGAUACAGAGUACAGAAAGAAGUGGGAUUCGCUGGUAAUCAAACUUGAGGUGGUGGACAGAGAUGUCGAUACAGGCUCAGAAGUUGUGCAUUGGGCUACACACUUUCCUUAUCCCUUGUACUCACGGGACUAUGUAUAUGUGCGCCGCUAUGAUGUUGACGUAGAAAACAACCUGAUGAUCCUGGUAUCCAGAGCCGUGGAGCAUCCUAGAGUCCCAGAGACGAAUCAAUUUGUGAGAGUCCAUUCAUACCAGUCUAAAAUGGUCAUCCGCCCUCACAAGUCCUUUGAUGAGAAUGGAUUUGAUUACUUGCUGACCUAUAGUGACGACCCUCAGACUGUCUUUCCCCGUUACUGUGUGAACUGGAUGGUGUCGAGUGGUAUGCCUGAUUUUCUGGAGAAGCUGCAUGCUGCUGCCUUGAGGGCCAAGAACUUGGAAGUGGGAAUCUUUGACUACACAGCUGUCAUUAAAUCCAGCGACACCAACCGCCAGCCAAGCCAGGAGCGCCUCAGUGGAGAAAAGCCACACACAGGUGGUCCUGGACAGAUCUACGCUUGAGAUGGACAGUUGGACCAGGAGUUAUGUUGGUGUGUUUUCACUCUCACUUGAAUCUCAAAUCAAACCCUCCAGCCCUAACUUUCUGGGUAGAUUGCAUGAACUGCAAAUGGAAGUUGCAACCUACAUAAAGGACUAAUAUACAGUAUGUCCAUCUGUAGAUAUAUGGCUACAUUGGUUGUCAAUAAGAUGUCACAACAACAAUGGACUGUAUUGAUGAAAGCAUUUCUGUCCCUUGGGGGGGGGAAAAAAACGUCUCCAUAGAAAUUUUCAUCUAGACUGCUGGCAUUGGCACUAUAUUUGCUUAGCUGCCAAUACAUCGUGGCAUUUUGUUUUUGCCUCCUUUGGUAAUGUUUGUCUUAGAACUGUUGGUAAGAUUUGAGCCAAAAAUCCUAAUUGUAGAAAUGCUUUUGCCAAAAUGCUGUUUUUCCCAUUUUAAUGUUCUAUGCCUUGUCUUCCAUUGUUUGACCAGAUUUGACUUUUAAGGUUGUGGCAGGCUGAUUGCAGACAAAUUACUGUUUGUGGUGUGAUUUCACCAAGAUGUAAUGGAAAUGGUUGUGCAGUAUUAGAACGGUAACUGACUGACUUCUAAAGGACAUUAUUACUGAAAGUUAAAACUACGGCCACGAUUUCUGGACUGACCGAUGAUAACUAGAGGCCUCUGCCAGGAAUACUUGCCACCGUGUUUCGUGGCUUUUUAAGCAACGGAUUUCCUGUUUGCUUGCAGCAUGAGUGAUCGUCACAAGACUGGAUUCGACGGAUUAAAACAAAAGUUUAAAUAAUGCAUUAUUGGGGAAUUUUUCCACAGAAUUGUCUUCGUGUUUUGGAUCUGGCAUUGUUUUGCUGUCGGCACAGUCGUGGUUUCACUCUGUUCAUCUCACCGUGUCUGUUCGAAACUGCCAGCAAUGAACGGCCUUCAGAAGAUAAACCAGUCCUUCAGUGUUAGGGGCAUAGUGUCUUAUAACAACCACAUAAAUCCUCUCAUUCAAUGGUACACUUUAGUUUCCCUAGCAAGUAAACUCUAAAAGACUUUUUUUAAUAAACCAAUGCCCCUUUUUAAGAGCUAUUUGGAGCACUUAGUUUUGCCACAUUAUUUAACAUGUUUGUCCUGCAUUCUUCAGGUUUUGAUAUUAAUGUGAGUCCUAUGCGAACUCCAUAGAAUUAGUCCUUUCAAAUCAUCUUUUUUUUUGUUUUUUUUUAAAUGAAUGUACAAAGAGCGUCACAGUGGAAUAAAACAUUACCUAAUAAAGUACACAGUUUACAGCCUAACAAUCUGGCACUGAUAUCUUGAAAUUCAAUUGUUUAAAAACAUCUCAUCACUCAUCUCAUGUACUAAAAUGUGAUGUAAUGUUGUUAUACAUCAGAUUGAUUCAGCUGCAGUACCUCGAGAUAAAGCAUGAUUGGACAAAAUACUUUUUAAAAGAGAUCACAAUAACCCAAUUAAACCUUAUUCAACACUUGCUAAUGUUCAGUUUGCGAAUGUAACUAUUGAUGAUUUGUUAUUUGUAGACACCUGUGUGCCACCUGCAGUAGUCAUACGGUUUAUCUUGUUUUUUUCUGCAGGCAGUAACAUGUUAUUGGUUAACACGACAAUUACUUUAGGAACAGAACUGAUUGUGUGACUAUAAGCUUGUGCAGCCUGUGAUUUCAAGACUGAAUGAAAUCAAAGAUUGACUCAUCAGAUCAAAUAAACAUCUUUGUGUAAA